GCGGGCGCCCGCGCUCCCUACCCCCGGCCGGCCCCGGCCGCCGCCCCCGGCUGUCACCGGCCCGGGCCGCGCCGCCGCUCCGGCACCCCGCGUGUGGCUCCCGGCGCGGACCCCCGGGUUUGUUUACGUCCCGGGGAGCGCCCCGGGGCCACCCGCGUACCUCGCGGCCGCCCCGCUCUUUUGUGUGCCUGUGUCGGUGACGCGGACCUGUUCCUCCGUGGCGGACCCCCGCGGGUGCUCUUUGGGGAAACUUGGCGAGGGGCGGCGGGGGUGCCCCGCGCGCAGUGUCGCUGGGUCCCGGUGUCCCGGGCCGCCGGGUGCGGGCGCGGGAGGAGGAGGCUGCAACUUUCCCCGAGCGCAGGCCCCACGCUGUUCCCCCGGGUGCCCAGGCAGUGUACGCUGCCUCCCCGCCGCCGGUCCGAGCCGCGAUCUCCGCGCGCCUGGGGGCUCCGGCGGCCCCCGGUGACCUGCGGCGCCCGGUCCCUUCCUUGCCUCCCCUCGGGGCUUCUGCCCUCUCUGCAGGGCCCGCCAUGGAGCGCGCGGCGGGUGCGCUCGGAGAUGCCUUCUCGGGCCGGGUUCUCGAAAGCAGAGCCCCGGGGGCCCGUUGGGACCGUGGCGUGCCGGGCGGUGGUCCGCGCGCGGAGUCCCCGGCGCCGCGGGGGGACCGUGCCGGGGCUCCCCGGCCCGCGCCCGAGCCGCCGCCGUGCCCAAGGGGCGAGUGCCUGCCUGCCACCCCCCGCCCGGAGGAGCGGCGCACCCUUAGGGUCCGCCCCGCACGUGCCAGCUCGGCGCCCGCGGCGCCCGGACAGCCCCGGGACUCUGCCAGGUGGAUGUUGUGCGUAGCCGGAGCCAAGUUGAAGAGAGAACUCGAUGCCACCGCAACGGUAUUGGCGAACCGGCAGGAUGAAAGUGAGCAGUCCAGAAAGCGGCUUAUCGAACAGAGCCGGGAGUUCAAGAAGAACACUCCAGAGGAUUUGCGCAAGCAGGUAGCGCCGCUGCUGAAGAGUUUCCAAGGAGAGAUUGAUGCACUGAGUAAAAGAAGCAAGGAAGCUGAAGCAGCUUUCUUGAAUGUCUACAAAAGAUUGAUUGACGUCCCAGAUCCCGUACCAGCUUUGGAUCUCGGACAGCAACUCCAGCUCAAAGUGCAGCGCCUGCACGAUAUUGAAACAGAGAACCAGAAACUUAGGGAAACUCUGGAAGAAUACAACAAGGAAUUUGCUGAAGUGAAAAAUCAAGAGGUUACGAUAAAAGCACUUAAAGAGAAAAUCCGAGAAUAUGAACAGACACUGAAGAACCAAGCCGAAACCAUAGCUCUUGAGAAGGAACAGAAGUUACAGAAUGACUUUGCAGAAAAGGAGAGAAAGCUGCAGGAGACACAGAUGUCCACCACCUCAAAGCUGGAGGAAGCUGAGCAUAAGGUUCAGAGCCUACAAACAGCCCUGGAAAAAACUCGAACAGAAUUAUUUGACCUGAAAACCAAAUACGAUGAAGAAACUACUGCAAAGGCCGACGAGAUUGAAAUGAUCAUGACGGACCUUGAAAGGGCAAACCAGAGGGCAGAGGUGGCUCAGAGAGAGGCGGAGACCUUAAGGGAACAGCUCUCAUCGGCCAAUCACUCCCUCCAGCUGGCCUCACAGAUCCAGAAGGCACCAGACGUGGAGCAGGCCAUAGAGGUGCUGACCCGCUCCAGCCUAGAAGUUGAGUUGGCCGCCAAGGAGCGGGAGAUCGCACAGCUGGUGGAGGACGUGCAGAGACUCCAGGCCAGCCUCACCAAGCUGCGGGAGAAUUCGGCCAGCCAGAUCUCGCAGCUUGAGCAGCAGCUGAGCGCCAAAAACAGCACUCUCAAACAACUGGAAGAAAAGCUCAAAGGCCAGGCUGACUAUGAAGAGGUGAAGAAAGAGCUGAACAUUCUGAAGUCCAUGGAGUUUGCACCGUCCGAGGGCGCCGGGACACAGGAUGCGGCCAAGCCCCUGGAGGUGCUGUUGCUGGAGAAGAACCGCUCGCUGCAGUCCGAGAACGCCGCGCUGCGCAUCUCCAACAGCGACCUGAGCGGGUCAGCCAGGAGGAAAGGGAAAGACCAGCCUGAAAGUCGGCGCCCGGGAUCUUUGCCGGCCCCCCCUCCUUCUCAGUUGCCCCGCAACCCGGGGGAGCAGGCUUCCAAUACUAAUGGUACACACCAGUUCUCACCAGCGGGGUUAAGUCAAGACUUUUUCAGCUCAUCCCUGGCAAGCCCCAGCCUACCCCUGGCUUCUACAGGAAAAUUUGCACUAAACUCUCUUCUCCAGCGGCAGCUAAUGCAGUCCUUCUACUCCAAGGCUAUGCAGGAAGCCGGAAGCACAAGCAUGAUUUUUUCAACAGGUCCAUACAGCACAAACUCCAUAUCUUCCCAAAGUCCAUUACAACAAAGCCCAGAUGUCAAUGGCAUGGCCCCAUCCCCCAGCCAGUCAGAAAGUGCUGGGAGCGUCUCCGAGGGCGAGGAGAUGGACACUGCAGAAAUCGCCCGGCAGGUCAAAGAGCAGCUGAUUAAGCACAAUAUCGGACAACGUAUUUUCGGACAUUAUGUGUUGGGACUGUCUCAAGGGUCCGUGAGCGAGAUUCUGGCCCGGCCCAAGCCAUGGAAUAAACUGACUGUUCGUGGCAAGGAGCCAUUUCACAAGAUGAAACAGUUCCUCUCCGAUGAGCAGAACAUCCUGGCCCUCCGUAGCAUCCAAGGCAGACAAAGAGAGAAUCCAGGCCAGAGCCUGAACAGACUAUUUCAGGAAGUACCGAAACGAAGAAAUGGGUCUGAAGGUAACAUCACCACCCGGAUCCGAGCCUCGGAGACUGGCUCUGAUGAAGCCAUCAAGUCCAUCCUAGAGCAAGCCAAGAGGGAGCUCCAAGUGCAGAAAACUGCAGAGCCGGCCCAGCCUUCCUCCGCAUCCGGCAGUGGGAACUCUGAUGACGCCAUCCGCUCCAUCCUGCAGCAAGCCCGUCGGGAGAUGGAGGCCCAGCAGGCUGCCCUCGACCCUGCCUUAAAGCAGGCACCACUGUCCCAGAGUGACAUCACCAUCCUCACCCCCAAGCUUCUGUCCACCUCGCCCAUGCCCACCGUGUCCAGCUACCCACCUCUCGCCAUCUCCCUGAAGAAGCCCUCCGCAGCUCCUGAGGCCGGUGCCUCUGCUCUGCCGAACCCCCCAGCCCUCAAAAAGGAGGCCCAGGACACCCCCGGGCUGGACCCCCAGGGAGCAGCCGAUUGUGCACAAGGGGUCCUGAGACAGGUGAAAAAUGAGGUGGGCCGCAGCGGUGCCUGGAAGGACCACUGGUGGAGCGCGGUGCAGCCGGAAAGAAGAAAUGCCGCCUCCUCCGAGGAGGCCAAGGCCGAAGAAACGGGCGGCGGGAAAGAGAAGGGCAGCGGUGGCAGCGGAGGUGGCAGCCAGCCUCGGGCCGAGCGCAGUCAGCUCCAGGGACCCUCGUCGUCAGAGUACUGGAAGGAGUGGCCCAGCGCCGAGUCCCCAUACUCCCAGAGCUCAGAGCUGAGUCUGACCGGGGCCAGCCGCAGCGAGACACCACAGAACAGCCCCCUGCCAUCCUCCCCGAUCGUGCCCAUGUCCAAGCCCACCAAGCCCUCGGUCCCCCCGCUGACCCCCGAGCAGUACGAGGUCUACAUGUACCAGGAGGUGGACACCAUCGAGCUCACCCGGCAGGUUAAGGAGAAGCUGGCCAAGAACGGCAUCUGCCAGAGAAUCUUCGGGGAGAAGGUGCUGGGCCUGUCCCAGGGCAGCGUCAGCGACAUGCUGUCCCGACCGAAGCCAUGGAGCAAGCUGACGCAGAAAGGCCGAGAACCCUUCAUCCGGAUGCAGCUCUGGCUGAACGGCGAGCUAGGCCAGGGUGUUCUACCCGUCCAGGGCCAGCAGCAAGGGCCAGUCCUCCAGUCCGUGACGUCGCUCCAGGACCCGCUGCAGCAGGGCUGUGUGAGCUCAGAAAGCACUCCAAAGACCUCCGCCAGCUGCAGCCCUGCCCCUGAGUCCCCGAUGAGUUCCAGUGAGUCAGUGAAGAGCCUGACCGAGCUGGUCCAGCAGCCCUGUCCCCCCAUCGAGGCGAGCAAGGACGGCAAGCCACCAGAGCCCAGUGACCCGCCAGCAUCCGACUCCCAGCCCACAACCCCGCUGCCUCUCUCCGGACACUCGGCCCUCAGCAUCCAAGAAUUAGUAGCCAUGUCCCCGGAGCUGGACACCUACGGCAUAACCAAGCGGGUGAAGGAGGUGCUGACGGACAACAACCUCGGCCAGCGCUUAUUUGGGGAGACCAUCUUAGGGCUCACCCAAGGCUCUGUCUCUGACCUCCUUGCCCGCCCCAAACCCUGGCAUAAGCUCAGUCUGAAAGGACGAGAGCCCUUCGUCCGGAUGCAGCUGUGGCUGAACGAUCCCAACAAUGUGGAGAAGCUGAUGGACAUGAAACGGAUGGAAAAGAAAGCCUACAUGAAGCGGCGGCACAGCUCAGUCAGUGACAGCCAGCCCUGCGAACCGCCCUCUGUCGGCACCGAGUACAGCCAGGGCGCCAGCCCCCAGCCCCAGCACCAGCUGAAGAAACCCCGGGUGGUGCUGGCUCCGGAGGAGAAGGAGGCGCUGAAACGAGCGUAUCAGCAAAAGCCAUACCCGUCACCAAAAACCAUCGAAGACCUCGCCACCCAGCUCAACCUGAAAACCAGCACCGUCAUCAACUGGUUCCACAACUACAGGUCUCGGAUCCGCAGAGAACUGUUCAUUGAGGAAAUUCAGGCCGGGAGUCAGGGCCAGGCGGGCGCCAGCGACUCACCCUCGGCCCGCAGCGGCCGGGCGGCGCCCAGCUCGGAGGGCGACAGCUGCGACGGCGUGGAGGCCACUGAGGGCCCAGGCAGCGCCGACACCGAGGAGCCCAAGUCUCAGGGAGAGGCCGAGCGGGAGGAGGUGCCGCGGCCGGCGGAGCAGACGGAGCCGCCGCCCUCGGGGACCCCGGGCCCGGACGACGCCCGCGACGACGACCACGAGGGAGGCCCCGUGGAAGGCCCGGGUCCCCUGCCCAGCCCCGCCACCGCCACCGCCACCGCCACCGCCACGCCCGCGGCCCCCGAGGACGCCGCUACCUCAGCCGCCGCCGCGCCGGGGGAGGGCCCCGCGGCCCGGAGCUCCGCGCCGCCGCCCAGCAACAGCAGCAGCAGCAGCAGCAGCGCCCCCCGCAGGCCCAGCUCGCUGCAGAGCCUUUUCGGCCUCCCCGAGGCCGCGGGCGCCCGGGACUCGCGCGACAACCCCCUGCGCAAGAAGAAGGCCGCGAACUUGAACAGCAUCAUCCACCGCCUGGAGAAGGCCGCCAGCCGGGAGGAACCUAUCGAAUGGGAGUUCUGAGGGGCCGCGGCCCUGGGGCGGGCAGCCAGGCUGGGCCACAAGGGCCUGGAUGGGGUCGGACGGGGCAGGCGCUGCAGACACCGUGGCCUGGGCUUGGCCCGCGGCCUGCACUGACCCCGGGCCGGACCUGAGCCCGCAGCCCAGACCCCCUCCACGGUCCGCGGCCUGCACCGACCCGAGGCCCAGAUCCAAGGCCGCGGCCCAGACCCACUCUGCGGCCCACACCGACCCUGAGGCCCGGGCCGACCCUGCGGCCUCCACCAACCCCGCGGCCCAGACCCAGCCCGCGGCCUGGACCCCUGGACCGCUUUGCGCACUUACCGCCCUGCGGGCCACAGGGCAAAAUCGCCAUAGGCCAAGGUGCAUAUAGAAAACAAAGGAGCAUUAAGCCCAAUCUAUGUCGUGUUUUCAAGGAAGAAAACGGAAAUGUGUGGUCGAGCUUUUUUGUACCCUGAAGUGUUUUUUUUAUUGCCCUAAGUGAUUUCCACAGGUUCUGGAAUAACUCUUACAGCUUUGCCUUGUGUCCUCCUGUUCCGUGUGGGCUUUAAAAGAAAAAAAAUCAAACCCACAUAUUAAAAGGGGGCUUUUUAUCUGCCAUCUAAUGGCUUCAGAGCGAUAAUACACUAUUAUCUUCUUAAACCAGGAAAAAAUAAAAGGGGGGGGGUGGGAUUUUUCAGAAAAAUUAAAAAAGAAAGUUUUUGUAGCUGUUCAGUUGCCACUAAGAGAUUGCACAGUCAAAACGACUCUAAACACACUAGUUUGGAUUCCUAAAUAUUUUCAAGAAAAGAAUCUUCUCGUUUGAAACUUUGAAUUAAAAUAAAACACAUUUACUCCACAUAUUUUUUAACAAAAAGAAAA